GUGAAACUGCUCGGUGGCUUCUUUCUCAAAUAAGGGGCGCCCGCGGAUCCGUCUUUUUCGGCUCGCGCUGAGGGCGAAGUAGCAGGAGAGCAUGGGGGUCACCCAGUCCCUGGGGCUGCCUCACGGGAAGGGAGCCUUCCCGGUGGGCUGCACGGAUGUCAUGGUGGGACAGACGCCAAAGGGCCUCUUCUUCCGCUUAUUUUACCCCUGCAUCCAGCAGGAUGGGGCGGAGCAGCCCUUUUGGAUCCCCCGCUAUGAGUACUACUAUGGAAUCUCCGACUACAUGAACAUGAACAGGAAAUGGUGCGCCCCACUGCUCAGUGUGACGUUCGGUUCAUGCAAGAUCCCCGUGAGCUGGGAUGCUCCUUUUAAACCAUGUUCCCACAAGUAUCCGUUGAUCAUAUUCUCCCACGGGCUAGGAGCCUUUCGAACUGUGUACUCUGCCAUCUGUGUUGAAAUGGCUUCGCGUGGUUUUGUGGUGAUGGCGCUUGAGCACAGAGACCAUUCUGCCUCUGCCACUUACUUCUGCAAGUUGGAUCCUGAAACACCAGACUUCCCUGAGACUCAGAUACGGGAAGAAUGGCUGUCGUAUCAAGGGGUGCCGAAAGGUCAGAAGGAGUUUCGCUUCCGAAACCCACAGCUUCAUCAAAGAGCAAACGAGUGCAUACGAGGACUUAAGUUGAUUCGGAGCAUCGACAGUGGCAAGGCUGUUGUCAACCUCUUGCGCACUGAUUUUGAUCUGUCUGUGCUGAAGGACAACGUGGAUUUGUCCAAAGUCUCCGUCAUGGGCCACUCCUUUGGAGGAACGACGGCUGUGCUGGCUCUUGUUAAAGAAGCCCAGUUUAAGUGUGCUGUUGCCCUCGAUGCCUGGAUGUUCCCUUUGGAGAACUCAGUCUACCCGAAAGUGACCAAGCCGGUGCUUUUUGUCAACACCGAGUCCUUCCAGACUGCGGAGAGCGUAGCCAAAAUGAAAAAGAUCAGCGCUGUGAACAAGGAAACCAAGGUUAUAACCAUCCUGGGCACCGUCCACCAGAGUCAGACUGAUUUCACCUUUCUUGCGGGGAACCUCGUGAACAGAGUCUUUCGAACCAGAGGCACCCUCGACCCCUACGAGGGCCUUGACAUCACCAACCAGGCUGCUCUUGCCUUCCUGCAGAAACAUCUCCAGCUGAAAGAAGAUUUUGAUCGGUGGGAUAGUCUUCUGGAAGGCGUUGGUGAUUCUGUAGUUCCGGACAGCCCUUUGCAGAAGUCCAGCCUCUAGACCUGGGGGAACAAACUUAUCUCUCUCGAGUGCUUUUGGACAGUCUCUGUUUCCCCCAACUUAUGAAGUUGGGGGAGCACGUUCUAAAAAUCAGUCGCUGUCGAGACACAGCACCUGCUAUCAAUUUCAUGGUGGGUUCGUUCUUGCUGCUGCUACAAGAGUUCCCUAAACAUGCUCCUGAUCCCUCCAGGACUACAGAGAGGUGAUCAGAAAUGCUUACUUCUUUUGGGCUGAUCUGUCUGUUCCUCUGUCAUUGUUUGGAAGAAUAGAAAUAAGGGUUAUCGUUUUGGGGAACCAUCCUUGAGGAAGUUCUCUUGCACAAAGUCUUGCUGAGAUGAAAGGGAGCUUGACCACAACAUAGCACGUUUGGGUUGAAUUCCUCCUUUGACGGCAUCCUUUGCCAUACAAAAUUAGCAGAGUGCCUUUUUUGGAGUUGUGAAACAUUUCUGAACAAGACAAAAAAUGUCAGCCAAAUAGUGGCAUCAAGUGAAUGAAGGAUUGGGCCUAGUGGUCUACAGCUCACCAUAGAAACUAGAAUGCAGAUUAUCCCAGGUUGGAGAAGUUCAGUGCUGUGUAGAAGCAUCUCUCUCUGAAUGCUUUCUUUAUAAAUACCAGUUAUUUCACAGAUGUUCUCACAACUAUCAUUAUCUUUCAGAUUAAUUCCUCUUGGUGCCUCUGUAGGCUUUUCUUUUUUAAUUGUACCCAAACAAUAAUGCAAUCUCUUUGGGGCACAGUGAAUCUCUCUAUACAGUACAUUUACAAUAGGCCAAAUGUAGCAAAGAUGGUGUAGGGAAGCAAUUGUGACUUUGAUUUCUACAAAAUGGAGAUCCUGGUCCUCAAAUAUGUCUUGAAAUAAUAUCUUCUGGCCCUCACAACUCCUUUAAUCAUGGAGAAGUGGGCAUUAGCCAUAGUUAUACAUCUGUGUGAGAUGGAAACUCCUCUCCAGCUGGCCUGCAGGCUAAGAAAAGAACUAGUGAUACCAUCAUAGGGAAGGGAUGCCUUGUACCAAGAAUGCACCUGGGGGAGUGUGAGCCCCAAAAGUGUUAAUGCAACUCAGCAGGAAGGCCCUAAUUAAUAUAAGCCAAGGCUGCAUCCCAGAACCCUUGAGUUCAAUAGCGAGGCUCGAACCUGCAACACAUGAAGUACUUUCCAAAUUGCUUCAGAGCACUUUCCAAGCAGCACUCUUGCAUAUCCUGUAUGCACUUUAAUUUUGGACUUGAUGGGGAAAGUAGCUAAGAGUGCCACCUUUGAGUCUUGCUGAUGAAUGUGAGUGUCAGGUAUAUCUAACCCUGUCCGGUACAAGGUGUGACCCACCACAUAUGGUGGAUCUUCCCGAAUGCUUGAAUGACCCUCCUGUGUUUACUGUAUGCCUGAGACAGCAAAAAACCAGGGUUUGGCGUGGGGGUAGUAUCAAGUACACAUGCUCUUCUCCAAGUCAGCUGUGUCACACAUUUGCACAGACCUAGUCUACCUCCACGGUGUUGCCUUCUCCAGCCCUGGUGCAAUUCCAGAAAGGGCACAGCCCUAAUCUCGUGUGAAUACCUAGGAAAUAGGUAAGAUGCUGUCCUAAUGUCCCUCUUGUGUCCGUCAAAAGUGCCUGCGUUGAU